GCAUGUGCUACUACUGUUGCUGCCCCUGGUAAUGAUUGUCCAAUCCAUGUCCUCCAUCAGCAACUUCACUUGCCCUGCUAACUGCACAUGCCAACUGGAGUUCAAAUUUGCCACCUGUGCCAGCAAAAACUUUGCCAGUCUGCCCACAACCAUCCCAUCAUACAUAGAACACCUGAACCUGUCCUUCAACCAGCUGUCCUUCAUCCAGCACCGGGCCUUUCAGACCAAUAGGCUUCUACACACCCUUCUCUUAAACGACAACCAGAUUAGAACCAUAGCAGAUGGAGCUUUCUCUCCACUGGAGGCUCUGGUCAAGCUGGACCUCAGUCGGAACUACAUCUCUACCUUGCCAGGAGGGUUCUCGCUGGGCUUGGGAACUCUCCGGGAUUUGUCUCUGGCAGAAAACCAGUUGACUGGCAUAAAUGACAACAGCUUCAAAAACAUGGACGCCCUGCAGAAACUCAACUUGAGACACAAUGCCAUCCACCUCGACAAAAUAAGGGCUUUUGGCUCAUUGAGCACAUUGCGGCGGAUCUACCUGGACUGGAACAACAUCACAAUCCUCUCAAAUGGCGUCUUCUCUAUGUUGAGAAACUUGGAGGAGCUUCGACUUGAAGGAAACUCUAUUAACCGUCUAGAGGUUGGGGUCUUCUCUCCUCUUACCAGCCUGACGAUGUUGGAUUUGGCCAAUAACAAUAUGACCACAGUAGAUUUCAAGGCAUUCCUAAGCCUUCACACCCACAGCACCCACAUCUGGCUGGCUGGGAACCUCUGGAGAUGUGACUGCGACUUGCAGAGAGCCUUCGGGAAGCUGCGCAGCGUCAACAGGUUUCUGCUGGACGACUACGAAAACCUGACCUGUGCAGAGCCUGAGCAACUUAACGGCGAGCCCCUCACUGAGGUGGAUACUCAGCUGUGCUUUGCAGAAACAGUCACUGUGCUGAUUAUCACUAUUACUGUGCUGAUCACCGUGGUGGCAGCUAUUGUCAUGGCAGAGAAGAAGAGGAGGAAGAGCAGUAUAGGCAAACACUGGACAGAAGCGAGCGACAUGUCCUACGACUCGCAGAACUGAUGGUUUUUGGGGGGGGGGGGUUGUUGGGACUUACC